GUGGAGGAUAUGAUGCUCGCAAUAGUACCGACGUUAUUGCUGGCGUCGCUAGUGUCGUGCAGCAUGGCCUACUAUGAAUCCCCGCUUCUGGAGGCGCUUGCAGUUCCCUCUUCCGACCAUGAAACGACUUCUUACUUGCUACCGCGACUGUCAGCUAAGUUUCGAUCCCACGGCGACUGGGAAAGUGCUCCCGACCCUCGGUUCUACGUUCUCACCGAACUGGAAAGGGAAUCCAAUCAGGCUUCACGUCGAGUGAAAAGAACUGGGGGAGCCCCUUCUCUUUCAAUUGUCAACCCACUGGAUGUCCUGCGUCAAAGACUUCUUUUGGAAAUUGCGCGACGGCGCAUGCGUCAAUCGCAGGACCAGAUUCAAGCCAAUAGGGAGAUUCUACAGACAAUCGGCAAGAGGGGCAUCAUUCACUCACAACAAGGCACUAAUGAACAAGAUGAUAUUGGUGAUGACGAUGACGUAAAUUCUGAGUUCAUGAUUUCGUCAACAGACGAAAAGUCCGGAAACGUGAACCCCGAAAACAACAGGCCUCCAGAGACAUCAGAUUGGUCAAAUUCACGCUGGAAUAACGAAUACACACCUCAACACCAUUCGUAAAACAGACUGGGGAAAUAUCUUGAGUGGUGUGGAGUCUGUCCUGAAUGUUUUCCACUUCAGACAACCGAAGUUGCUUCUCUAAUUUACUUCCUUCAUUAAUGUGAAUUUUGUUGAUAUUGCCCCCAUGUUCUCUGAGUGAUGCCAUUUCAAGUUCGGUCAAAAUGAGUUCCAAGUGGUAUCCACCAACAUUCCUACAAAAUGUAUUAUAGCGUACAUAUAUAAAAUCUAAAAAAUUAAAUUAUUUAUAUUUUAAUAAAUUAAAUUGAUAUAUAUUGGAGUCAUUGUAAUUCUAAGGAUUGAACAGCGUAUGUGCCCCUUUGCUAAUUAAGUCGCUUGUGAUUUUAUUUCUAAAAAUGUUUCUAAUUUAUUUAAUUUACAUUACAUAUCCAUUGCCUUUUAUUAAAAAUGCAGGGUUUUCAAUCUGUGUUUAUUUAUUUUAAGAAAAGACUGCAGGUUCAGCCUUUACUGUGAAUAUAUUGUUAUAUCUUUUAAAUUAAAUAUUAAUUUAUUAUUAAAAAUAAAUUGCUUCAGUGGGAUAAAUUCAAAUUUUAAAAAUUUACCAGUCCCCUGAUCAAGAAUGUUCCACAUCCUUUUAUCCUAAAACUAAUCCUACCGUUACAAGACCAUAAAUAUCACUACCCAAUUAGGACACUACAUUUUUCAGAACUGUUUCAUGUCUUGAAAAAUCUAGAAAAGGUUCAUUCUUUUAUUAUACACACAAGAAGCAAUCAAAAGACAUGAAGAAAAGGAAGCUAUGUCCAAUUUGCAUGAUGUAACUGACUCCCUAUCUGAUGCAAAGAGUUUAUUUACAAGGUAAAACUGAAAUGAAGUACAUAUGUUGUACAAAUUAUGUGUAAGCUGACAGAGAACUUUCUAGAAAAGUAUUCAUUGACAUGGACUGGAAAUUUAAUUCUACAAUGGACAUUUGGCAGCAGAAAAUUAAUUUUGUUAAUUUAGUCCACUUUUGUGAUGUAUGCUUUGGCAUUAUCCAAUUUCAGUUUCUUUACCUUUUUAGCAAAUUUUAGAAUAAUUGUUAUCAAAAAAGUUUAUAAAUAAUUUUCAAUACUAAUAACUACAAUGCUACAAAACUGUUCAGUUGGAAUACAGACUCCAUCUAAUGGCACAGGGAUCUACAGGUUGAUCAUUGCAUCUCAUUCAAACUUCAGGUUUUGAUGUGUCUAGUUUGCAAGUUUAAAUAGUGGUACUUCAAAAUGUCUGUCUGUGCAUAUAGCAUCACAUCCCUUCUUCAUACACAGUACUUUCACUAAAAAAGAAUCCUAAGAGCAGUCAAGAAGUAAGGAUUUAUAAUUAAAACCCACAGUAAAAUUCAAUAUUAUGAAAGGAAAAGUUGUAACAAGAAGUGAGAUACAUACAGCACGUUUAUGGUGGAAUUAGGAUGGCAUAACUCCAUUGCUGACUAGAGGCUUAAGGCUGUGUUCUGGAAAACAUGCUGCAAGCAGUGAAAAGUAACUUCAUUGUUUUGAACAAAACAAAAAUAAUUAAUCGUGACAAAUCCAAAUUACAUUAAGCAGUAACAUGAGUUACAGAUAAGGAGAAAUAUACUAGUUACCAUUGUAACUCUCUGAUGGUUGCAAGGUGAAAAAUGGAUGUUAAUUUUAUUAUCAGUUAAACUGUAUAUGUACUGUCAUGGGAAAAGAGAUCAUUCUAAACUUGGACACUGUGACCACAAUGUUAAGGCGUACACAUUAAUUUAAGAAAUCAUAUCAGUGGUUGGUUGUAACAAAUAACAAAGACUUUACUAUAACACAGAGGACAAAUAAUUCCUUUACAUAAGUAGUUAAGGACAUUGUUUAUACACUAAUAAAUAUGAUUAUGGUAUCAAAAAAUUCAUUUCUAAAAUAAUUAAAGCCAUGUGACUAAAUAUGAGGCCAUACAGCAACAAUAUCUAGCAGAGGGAAAAUGUAAAUAUUAACUCUUACAUCAACUGCAAUCAAAUUAAAUCAAGGUACACAUUCUGGAAUGUCAAAAAUUUCCUACAAUAAACGUUUGUUUUAUACUGAACUUAAAAUUCACCGAAAUUGGGAAAAUAAUACAGUAUUCUUAUUGAGCUUCUGAUGGAACCACAAAAAUUGUGGGGAGCCUUAUAUGAUGCUCUGUUCUCCUCCCUUGUCAUAUUAAUUUGCUCUGUUUCAUUUGAUCAUACCAUAUAUGUAAUACUGAAAUUAUAUGAUACAUUUCAAUAAAGAAUGUGAAACUGUUCAGUUUUAUUUCCAAUUCCUGUCAGACAGGCUGCAAAAGUUUCUGUGUCCAAGUCAUAUGUAUGAUGGUAUUAAACAAAUCAUACAGCCUAAAGCUAAAUUAAACUUUAAAUUAUUAUAAUAUUAAGUGUGUAUAAUGAGUGCAUGAAAUGAAACUGCCCUUUUUAGGGCUUUGAUCAUUGUUAGCAGAGUCCAGUAUUAAAUGUGUUACAUGUGUUUUAGGAACAACUUUCCAGAAGUCAUGUAGACCAUUUUAUUUAAAAUAAAUCCCUAUGGCUGUACAAUUUGUGGCAAUCCAUAUUGUUUUCUUAAAUAUCCGUUUCUAUCAGAACAAAUUAAACUCAUUAUAGAUACAAUCACAUCUUAAAUAAUUACCUCUUCGAUGAAAAAAGAUAAAUGCUGUAAUGAAGGAAAUAUUUAAUCAUAUCUAACUCACACAUAGUAGCAGAGACAUUACAUGUUUCAUCACACUUCGUCCAACCUUAAAUGCACUUUCUACUGUGAAACCCUCUUACAGAAAUAAAUGUCAUAACAAAUCUAACAUUGAACAUGUUACUGUGGCCACAGUACUGGCAAUAAGGAAACCUCAAAGCUGAAUGAUUAUGAAAAUCAACACUUCAUUCCAUGCAGCCAGCAUACUUCUGUGUCUAAUAUUAAAAUGCCAUUUUGUUAUUAACAGCUGAAGGUUCCUCUAUCUGAAUAUCAUAUUUAAAAAAAAAAUACUUUUACUGUUUCUUAUAGUACUAUAAAAACAUCUCUGAUAUUUUCUCAAAGCAACAUUGUAAUCAAAAAUACUAUAAAGUAAUACAAUGAAUAGUAGUUUAGUUUUGCAAAAUGAUUAUAA